UAUAGAUAUAUAAAGAUAGUGAGAAAAGCGCAGCAAAGACUGAUGAACACUCCGAGCAGCUUGGUGAUCAGCUGUUUCAAGAUGACAGCUGAUCCGGUGCGCGGUGCGUAGUACAACGCGACGGAAUGAUUAGGAGAUAUAUCGUGUAGUGAUAAGGAGAGAUAACAGCUCGAAAAUGGCCACAAGAAACUUAACGGAACCCUUCGUUUUGAUGCGAAACAAUGCUCUGCAGAGUAGGCACAUUUACGCCGAACAGAAUCUUACUGAUAGCGUCGCACUGGUGGAAUCGGAUUCCGGUGCAUCCGACAAUGUCGAACUGAAGGGUGUGGAUAGUGAUGCACCACCCACCUGGGCAGAUGCCUUGGAAGAAACACAAUACAUCCUGAGCAGAUUACGGGUGAAAAUAGAUAGCCUGGUCGAGCUGCACUCUAAGCAGCUCACCAGACCUACUCUGGAUGAUACGUCUCAGGAGGAAAGACAAAUGGAACAACUGACACGAGAGAUUGGACGUGCAUUCUCCAAUGGCUAUAGACAAGUACAAACAAUUAAGUCAGCUGGCAGGCAUGAAACUAAGCCUGCGGAACGUCGGCUAGCUAACAGUGCUGUAAUGGCACUUUCGACUGCCUUACAGGAGUUAGGUCUUCGAUAUAGAAGUGCACAGACUCAUUAUCUGACACAGGUGAAAUCAAGAGAAGAGAGGAAUAAUCAGUUCUUCGCUGAAGAUCAAUCUCUUUUAAAUAAUAUAGCAACCGAUUCUUGGGUGACAGAACUAAACGAGGCAGCUGGUGAUUAUUGGCCAAAAAAUGAACAAAGACAGGACUCGGUUUUACUGCAGUUGGAGGAACCGGAAGAUAGGAUGAAAUUAGCAAUGGAAAGGGAGGAACAGAUUGGAAGUAUAGUUCAAAGCAUAGCAGACUUAAAACAUAUUUUUAAGGAUCUUGCAGUAAUGGUACAGGAUCAGGGUACUAUUUUAGAUCGAAUCGAUUACAACAUAGAGCAAACGCAAGUACAAGUACAGGAGGGCUAUAAACAAUUGAAGAAAGCUGACUCAUAUCAGAAGGCUAAUAAAAAAUUGUACUGUAUUGUGAUUCUCGCGGCUGCUAUUAUAUUACUUAGCUUCUUGUUCGUCAUAUUUAAGACGUAGAAUCAACUAUAAUUAGAAUAAAAUUAACGUGAAAAUAUACUUGUUGGUAUUUAUCGUGUUCCAUAAAAUGAAACGUCUUUAUAGAACUGUACAUAAUGAUGGAAAAAGCUAUUUUUUAAAAUAGUCCGUGCAAUUUUCCUCAAGUGUUAUUGUCAGGAAAGAACAAUUAUAUUCGUAAAAUUAUGACGAAAUGUUGUUCGGUCCAUCUGUUCAUUGAUUAUAUACAAUAUGAUAGAAAUAAUAACUAUGAAUGUGGCAUUAAUCUUUUUAAUCAAUGUUAAUCUUGCUCUGUAUAAAUUAGUUUUAAAAAUAAUUCCUCAUAAUAUCGUAAUCCUCAUAAUACCUGCAAUUUUAAAUGGUUUCGCUGUAUUUUAAUUCUUAUAGUAUAUACUAAGAGUGACCGCAAAAAUAACA